GGCUGGUUAUGCUGGGGAAUGGGAGCUUAGGGAAGAGAGUGAGGGCGUGGAGGAGGGGAGUUGGUAUUUCUUCCGAGAUCGCCCUGUAGUGGUGGGUGCUGUCCUUGCAGGCAGGGGGUCAGCCAUGGUGUGGUUCCCAGCUCAGAGGCUUAUCCAACCUGUAAGGGGCAUGUGCAGCUUUUCAGGCUGCAAGUUCUGUUUCUUUCGGAAAUUGUCCAUUCAGCCUGUUCAACAGAAGAAGAUUCCAAACCGAUACCUAGGUCAGCCUAGCCCUUUCACACACCCACAUCUUCUCAAAUCAGGAGAAGUAACACCAGGAUUGUCACAAGUGGAAUAUGCUCUCCGUAGACACAAGUUGAUGGCUCGGAUACACAAAGAGGUGCCAGGAAUGGACCACACAGUGAUUCUGCUAUCCAAUCCCACCUACUACAUGAGCAAUGAUAUUCCAUUCACCUUCCAUCAGGACACUAACUUUCUAUAUCUGUGUGGAUUCCAGGAACCUGACAGUAUCUUAGUGCUGCAGAGUGUGCCUGGCAAACCCUUGCCAUCCCACAAAGCUCUGCUGUUUGUCCCACGGCGGGAUCCAAGCAGAGAGCUAUGGGAUGGGCCGCGGUCUGGUACUGAUGGGGCAGUGGCUCUCACGGGUGUGGAUGAAGCAUAUACCAUAGAGGAAUUUAGGCACCUGGUGGCUAAAUUUAAAGAUGAAUCUAGUAUGGUUUGGUACGAUUUUGCUAAACCUGUACAUCCACAGCUCCAUUCUGAUUACCUGCUGCACCUGGCUGAAGUCAAAGCUAGAAGCAAGAACCGUAUCCGAGCCAUCAGGCACCUAGUGCAAAACUUACGGCUGAUCAAAUCUGCUGCAGAGAUUGAGAAGAUGAAGAAUGCUGGAAAAGUGACAUCACAGGCAUUCGUAGAGACGAUGUUUGCAAGCAAAGCUCCAGUAGAUGAAGCAUUUCUGUAUGCUAAGUUUGAAUUUGAAUGCCGGGCUCGUGGUGCUGACAUUUUGGCUUAUCCCCCUGUGGUUGCAGGUGGUAACAGGUCCAACACCUUGCAUUAUGUGAAAAACAACCAGCUCAUCAAGGAUGGAGAAAUGGUCUUAUUGGAUGGGGGAUGCGAGUCUUCCUGUUACGUUAGCGACAUCACUCGCACCUGGCCCAUCAAUGGCAGGUUCACCAGUCCCCAAGCAGAGCUGUACCAAGCUGUACUGGAAGUCCAGAAGUCCUGCCUGAGGCUCUGCUCUCCAGGUGUGAGCCUAGAGAACAUCUACAGUCUCAUGCUGACGCUUAUUGGACAGAAGCUGAAAGAUUUGGGAGUCCUACAGCCAAGCACCAGUGAGAACCACCUCUUCAAGGCUGUUCGGAAAUACUGCCCACAUCACGUAGGACAUUACUUGGGAAUGGAUGUUCAUGAUACACCUGAUAUAUCCAGAUCAAUCCCUCUCCAGCCAGGCAUGGUGAUCACCAUCGAGCCAGGCAUCUACAUCCCCGAGGAUGAUGUAAGUGCCCCUGAAAGAUUCCGUGGCACUGGUGUACGUAUAGAGGAUGAUGUUGUUGUGACAGAGAACACACCAUUAAUCCUGUCUGCAGACUGCCCAAAGGAGAUCUAUGACAUUGAGCAGGUCUGUGGCUGCAGUCUUUGACACCUUGCUCAGAUUGUUGUUGUUUUUGCAAAAUCUUGGUCAAGAGCUCGAAGAGGUAUUUUCUACAAAAGGAAGAGCAAUCAUAUGAAAUGCUUAAAGAAGCUUAGCCCUCCUAAUGGACAUGUUCAGUGAUAAUCUCUAUGCCUGUCAUUUCCAUUGUUUAAAAAGUAAUAAAGGAUGGAGUUCUGUAGAGACUCUACUGCUAUUUUAUUUUGUAUGUAAUAUUUGUGAAAUGUAUGCAUCUUUGAUGUGGCAAAAACAUUUUUACUUUUCUUCUAUCUCCUAUUUAGAACAAAUUCAGAACAAA